AUUUUCCUCCUAGCCAAACACCAACCACCCAAUCAUCAUCACCACGCAAGAAGAAAUGAACCCUGAUUCCUUCAAGUGCAGCCGGUGUUCCAAAGUUUUUCCUACUUGUUAUCACCUCUACGCCCACUUGCAUGUCCAUCGAUUUCGUGAUAAUGGUGGCGCACCACCACCUCCUCCUCAAUUUUUCAAUCGUCUCCCUUAUGUUGAUAGAGACGACGAAGUUAAUCCGCAGUCUCUGACACUGUCAAUUGGGAGAUCCAAAGUCAUUGAUCAUGAUACAUUGGGUUUAACCAUGGGGGAGAUCCUUUGGAGGCAAUACAGGACCUGUCGCUACCAUCCUUACUUGAAACCGACUAACAAGGGCAAGGAGCCUCUAUAUGUUGAGACUGUGGAUGAUAAUUUUUUGACAUUGGAUCUACUAAGAGAAUGGACGCCAAUGAGAGGUUUUGAUGUGCAUGAUUAUGACUCAUGGAGUUCCUCUUCAAGCCCUAUUUCUAAUGCUUCAACUAGUUGUGAAAUUGAUCUGAUAAGUCUAGAUGGAGGGGACAAGUUGGAUCUGGAUUUGAAGCUAGGGUUUUGAUAAUUUAGUUUCUCUUUUUUACGCAUGUGCUUGUUUGUUAGACUUAUGUUGUUUAUGGUGUAGUUGUGAUUUUGGGUCUAUGUUGAUUAAGUCAACCCUUUUUCAGAUGAACAAUAUGGAGGAAUUGCAGUACCCAAAACUCAACCAUUGUGAUAAUCAGUCUAGGAGUGGUGUUAAUUUUCAUGUGUGGCUUUGCUUGUAGUAGCGUGAUGUGUGUUGGUAACUUUAAAUCUUAUCAAAAUGUAGCGUCUUUGUUUCAUAAUUAAAUAAUGGAGCGCUUAAUUUGUCUGAAAUGCUUUUGGUUUCCCGUUCUCCUGCAGAUCUUUUUAUUAUGGUAAUUGAUGAUCCCAUAAUAUAGAUUAAUCAUAUGC